ACAUCAAGUAAAAUCCAUAAAAUCUAGGCAGUCUCUUUUAAUAUGUCCAAGAAAACCAAUCAAACCUGUUCACCAACAUAAAUCCAUCUAAAAUGGAGACCAAGUAACUAAUCAACCAUCAUGUAAACCGUGUACCUAACCACUCCUUCAUCACAACACACAACAGCCCAAGCCAACUUCAACCUUCAGCGAAAUAGCCUUCCGCCUUAACCUUAAGAUAGACAAUGGUGAAAUACAUAAAGCCGACUCCAGAAUUUCCUUACAAGAUCACCAAACGGCUGAAUAUAAUUAGCGAGCCCAAGGAGGCAUAUGAAGACGAUGAGUACAGGCCAGAAGUGACGCCAUAUGGGGUGAGGAAAAGCGCUCUGAAUGGGUCGUCAGUGGAAAGGGUUAAGGACCUUCAGUGGCCUGAUCCAAGAAGAAUGUUGAUGACCAAGAAAAUGUACAAGCACAGAUUUAGCGACGGUCGUCUAGAACGUAUGGACAAGAUGAUAGCCAGGGCUAACGCGACUCCUUACGUCAAACUGGGGAAGAGGUCUGUGGACAUAAAUGAGAAGGAGUCGAAGAAAGCUCGAUGGACGCAGAAUGACUGGAACAAACGCAUGGGCCGCAUCAAUGUGUUGGCCACGCCUAAGCCUGACUACACUCCGCCGCCUGUUGAGCGAGGAGAGAAAAUCCCUCUAGACGACCUGAUGCCGCGCAUUGAGGAGUUGGCCGAGCCCCCUGAACACAGGAUCCACCGCCGUCUGUCACAGGAGAGCGGGUAUAGAGACCCGAUCAAGGUGAGACGCGCGGCCCUGAAAUAUGUAAUAUCCGACCGAGUGAAGCAGCUGGCUACACCCAAGAUAUACCAACCAACUUGAACCCAACCCAUUCUGGCAGCAUUACAUUACAACAAAAACCAAUAUUUAACGCACUGACGGUUUUUAUUUACAAGUCCGGUAACAUUUUACACCAUCAUUAAUCGAAAACAAUACUGAAGGAAUAUAAUACAUAAACAAUAAAUAAUAAUCAUGAUCAAUACUAUUUAAAAACGUGUUACACAUCGAUUCUAAAUAAAUAUGCAUUCUUAAAUCUA